UGUGACUUGUGCAUGAGUUGUGAUUACUGAUAAAUGAUUAUACUUUACUUCCUCAUGCUGCAGUCCACAGGUGCUUACAUUUUAAAUUUAUAACAGUAUUUUACACUAGCAAUCUCGCAUUUAAAUAAUUUAAUUUUAGUGAAACGUUAAGUAACAAGUAUACAAAUCUCACGUAUUCGAUACGAGAAGUUCUGAUUAAACUCAAUAUGGAACAUCAAAUUAAUGCCAAUGAAUCUGAACCCGAAAAUCGCUCAACUAAUGAAACUACACAAUACUCUGAUAAUGUUUCAGCUGAUAAUACUAGUAUUGAAACAACAAUUUUUAAUGAAAAGCGAAAAAAUUAUUUAAGCUGGGAUGAUUUUUUUAUGGCAACAGCAUUUUUGGUUGCUAAACGUAGUAAAGAUCCAGUAACUCAAGUUGGUGCUUGUAUUGUUUCUCCAGACAAAAAAAUAGUAGGUACAGGAUAUAAUGGAAUGCCUAUUGGAUGUAAUGAUGAUGACUUUCCAUGGGGUAAAAAUAAUCCAUCAAAGUUAGAAAACAAAUAUUUCUAUGUAUGCCAUGCUGAAAUGAAUGCUGUAUUAAAUAAAAAUUCCAUGGAUGUACGUAAUUGUACCAUAUAUGUUGCACUUUUCCCUUGUAAUGAAUGUGCAAAAAUAAUUAUCCAAUCAGGUAUUAAAGAAGUAGUGUAUUUGUCAGAUAAGUAUAGCUUCAAACCAGAAAUGGUUGCCUCUAGAAGAAUGUUUAAAGCGUCUGGUGUAUCUUUCAGACAACACACUCCAUCUAAACAGCAUCUUGUACUUGAUUUUUCAGAAAUUAAUUCAAAUAUGACUCAAAUGCCUAGCACUCCAGACAAAGCAAAUUAUAAAUAGUUCUAUUUAAAUUAUUUAACAUUUGACUCAAUUAAAUUUUGGUUACUUUUUAUAACCAAUAAUAUUUAAUAUUUAAAAUUACCUGUGAUAAUUUUCCUCAAUAAUUGGAAAUUUAAUCAAAACCAUUUCCUUUUAUUUAUAAUUUAUAUUUAUUUAUACUAGUUUUGUACUUGCAACUUAUUAAAAAAGCUUUUUUCCACUUCAAACAGUGGGCAAUCUGAAGUUUUAAGUUAGCCCUAAAAUCUAGACCCUAAUACUAUAUUUUACCAUUUAAGUUGUAUUCGAUCCGUCUCACUUGUCAGAAUUAUAAUGUAAUAAUGUCAAUGUGUACCUAAUGAAAUAUUUUAAAAUUAUAACAAUAUAAUAAAUGGAAAAUGGAAAAUGUA